AUGAUUUUGCCGUGUCGGAGGAAGAGAAAGGAUACUGUAGACCAGUGCGAACUGGGGACAGUUCAGGUACCACAAGAUGAAGCUCGAUUCCUCAUCUGGCCAAGGUGGUAUUGCCGAUGGGUACCUGCACCUUUGCAUUCUCCUCGAUUAGACGAAUCAAAUGUCGAGGAUCGAGUAGAGUUGCAUGUGGGUUUGUUUCAUCUUCCCGAUUCGACGAACAAACCUGAUGAUCUCCAGGCCCAAACUCUUCGGGGCUGA